AUGAACGUCAUAAACUUUAUCAGUAAAGUGCCUGGGCUCCCCGAUGCCCCAAUACAAGACCCAACGCAGGAAUUCCAGUCGGGAAAUGAGUUCUACGCCUGUGGACCCCGCCUGCACGAGUUCCUGAAAGACAUCGGUGCCAUCUUGAAGGAGUACGAUACCUUCUCCGUAGGCGAGAUGCCGAGCGUCACCGAUCCAGACGAGAUCCUAAAGAGCGUGGCCUUCGAUCGAGGAGAACUGAACAUGAUAUUCCACUUCGAGAUCGUGGACCUUGACCAUGGCCCCGGUGGCAAAUUUACACCACACAAAUGGCGCAUGUCUGACCUCAAAUCGGUGGUCGGAAAAUGGCAACACGUCAUGAUUUUCAACGGCGGUUGGAACGCCCUCGAGCGGUAA